UAUAAAUGAGAAGGCCAAAUGAAGUUGAAUAUAGUAAAACUGCUUUAAUGGGUAUUUAUUAAAUACAAUAUAGCAAAUUGGUAUGAAGAUAGAUUGGCUCCAUAAUAAUUACAGAGAGAUCCAAAUGCUAUAAAAUCAGUAAUAAAUAUUUGAUAUUAUAAAUUAAGUUAAGAGGAGUAGAAGAAGGAAUAUCUAUUCCUGGAGAUAAUGGAUGUUUACUUCCUUUACCUAGAGUGAAUCGUAAUCCACCAUAUAUUACUAAAGAGAUUAUUGUACCAGAUGACGGAUAUGUAUAAUUAUAUUAUAAAUUUAAUAGAGAGAAUUCAGAACUGAGUUUUAGACUAAGUAUGAUGCCAAGAAUAUAUAAAAUAUGUAAUUAGGAGAUUGCAGAUCAUUGAUCAAAACAAAUGGUGAUAAAGUUAAUUUCCCAGAAUGUAAUUCAACAGUUGCAUAAACUGCAGGAGCUAAAUCAAUUAAAUAAUUGGAUUAAACUAAUAUGCAUCAAAUAUUAGUAGAUAGAGCUGUUCAUUAAAAUUAUACAGAUUUUGGUUCCACUUUUAGAAACCAUCCAGAAUAACAUAAUAAAUUUUAUGCAAUUACUACUUACUAAUAAUCAUUUUAAUAACCAGAAAAUAAUGUGACAGAAAUUCUAACAGAUAAAAAAUAAAAGCAAAAAGUAGCUGGUUGUAGAGAAAGAGAUCCUUUUGAUUAAGGAUUAAAAAUGACCUCUGUUAUUACAGGUGAAAAAUACAGAGACUGUAAUAAUCCUUCAUCUAAGUUUAGCCAUCGAUCCAAAAGAAAACACUUAAGUACAAAGACAAUGGAUUCAUUCUGGAGAUGCUGGAUUAAAAACAGCAUAAAAUAACUUAAGAUAGAGCAGUAUGGAUAAUUAUAAAAAAAAUGCUAGUUAAGUUCAUCCAUAUGAUAUUGCUACCAGUCUUCCUUUAGCAGGUAUUCUAAAAUAUAUAUAUUCAUAGAUGGUGUCUAUACUUUACAUCCCAAAUAUACAGAUCCAGGCUAAUUUAGACAUAUUAGAAGUGAUGUCACUAGAAUUAUGAAUAAACCUAUCACAAGAAAAUGAGUAUCCAUUUUAUUUUACAC